ACAAGCUGCACAACCCGCGAACCCCAUAUCUACGUAUUUCUUGAACUGUAUUAUAUUUUAUUAAGCGAACGGAACGUAACUGUGCUUUAGCAGCAAAUAUUGCUUGUUUCUAUACGUGAGGAAGUGUCUUUAUAAAGGGAGGAAAAACACUAACUACGCGUGAAAAUGGGAGACGGAGACGGCCACAGCAUCUUUAACUACAACACCAGGAAGACGAUUGUAAGCGGAUUGUUUGACGUAGCGUUGGUAAUAGAAAACGCCUCCCAGCUCAAAACCAUGCUGAAUGCUGGCCCGGGCAACAAGUUUUACUACCCCAACAUUGUACUCAUCUCCAUGUCUGUCCUGAUACAGUUCAUCGUUGCGGGAUUCCUCAUAAAGUUAGCCAGCAUGGAUGCAACGAAACCACUACAGGACGGCACUCAACCUAAACGGGAGAAGGCUAAGAUGCGUCUGAACAACGCAACUAUGGUGCUUGUGGUCGGCAUCUUGUUUCUGAACGCGUUCAUCGCAUCGUUUGGCGUUGAAAUGACUAAAGAAAAAUAAUAGCGCUUUAUGAUUCCGUUAAGAAAGCGUUAUGACUAUUAUAGAACGCUUCAUGAGAAUUUCAUUACUAAUUCAUGCUGUUUCAACGGAUAGGCCCCAUUUUCUUGAAACUUCUGUCUCAUAUAACAAAAUUAAGCUACGCUCACCAUUUUUGUUUCUCUAUAAUUUGUGUUAUGUUUACUUCUUUUUAGAUUUUUUAGACUUAAUAUAGGAAUAAUCUUUAAGAUUAUUACAAUAAAUCAAUAAACUUUUAUCAAAAUCAAAAAAUAAGUGUGUAUGUUGGCUUAUUGAACUAAGCUACUUAUGCCUGUUAACCUUAAGAAGUUUCGAGAAACUGAGGCCUGAACUGAAUAUGUUUUGAGACUUGGGAUUAUUUAAGACAGCUUCAGUGACAGCUUUAGUUAUAACUUUAUUUGUAUUAAAGUUCAACAGUUUAUUUGGGCCUCAGUGUAAACUGAAAUGCAACUCAUGAUCUAACGUUGCGUAAUGUAUGUACGAGUUAGUUCCUUUGCUAUUUGAGUCUACACUAUGAUACUUUAGCAAUUUGACAGAAAAAGUAUAUUCAGCACAUCCUAAUGUUUACAAAUUUGAACAAUUGAUGAACUCUAAAGAUAGAGUUGUACUUGUGAAAAUGGCAUUAUUUGGUAAAAAAUUUCUAGCUAACUUUAAUUGAUCUCAUUCUCCCUGUAUCAUUUAUUUGAUUUUUGUUUUGGCUAAUGUUGAUAUCACAGGCAUCUGAAUCAUUGUUUGUCACUAAAAUAUUGUUUAAAACCAUUUUGGGUACAUACAAUGAGAUAAACAACACAUCUGAAGAUAUUUAGUGUCUUUGAUAUACAAAAAAGAAACAAGGUAUGUAACUCAAACUUACCCGAUUUCACGGUAGAGUCCAGUUUUAUGCAAAUUUCUCAACCAACAUAAAAACAAUCCAUUUUUAAAUAAGUGACAUG